UGUGUUGUUUACUCAAGCAGCAAACGUUUUAAUCUUACGCGUGCAUGUUGAGGCUGGAGAAUAUUAUUUUAUGAAAGCCGGUUGUAAAGUAUUAACGAAAUGAAAAGUCUUUCGAAGUUUCUUGGUGAUAUGUACAAACAUGAGAAAACUUUUGUACAUGAAUGCAUUGCAUUCAUUAACUUGAUAAGUGUGUUAGCAUAUGGUAUUUUUAAAGUUUCCGUCCCGCUGUCUGUUGCUUCAAAAGAAAUAGCCGCUGCAGAUGAGGAUCUUGAUCAACGGCCCGUAGCUAAACCAAAACAAAAGAAAGAAAAGAAAAAGAAAGAGAAGAAAAACAAGAAAGCGAAGAAUGGCGACUUGGUUGAAAUAAAAGAAGAAGGUGAAUCGGAAAGUCAAGAAAGAACAGAUGAAAAAGAAAAAGAAGCUGUAAAAGAAGACAAAACGCAGGAGCCAAACACACAGGGAGGCGUUGAACCAUCACCUGUUCUUACGUUGAAAGAAAGGGCGUCUGAUCACGAUCUGGACUCAGAAAAGCGCGACGAUAUUGACGAUGAGGAAGUUUCUGAUGUGAUUGAGGACCAUGGUGAAGAUCUUGGUGAGAAUGAGAUAGAAGAUGGCGGCGUGGAUGUGAAAAGGAAUGUAGAACCACCUCGUCACCAGUCUUCCAGUAGCGACGCAGAUCCAGAAGGGGAUAGUACUUCCGAAAUUGAACCCAAAAAGUUCGAACAUAUACAUGCCGUCGAAGCAAUAAAACCUGAAAGUUUAUUGAUCAAAUAUGCGGAUGAGAUAUUCGACAAAAGUGCUCAGCUUUAUGCACCUUUCGUGGAGGCCAACCAAGAGUUUAAGCGGGCUGUACUCGAAUUUGAGAAUUCGGUUGAGCCGGAUAGAAUUUCUCCCGAUUUUGCCAAAUGCUGGCAACUCUAUAACGAGCUUCAGGUUCAAGAAAAAAAACGUUCCGGCUUAAAUAGGACAGCUAGUAAAUCUCAAGUGGACAUAUGCGACGUUAAUGUUAACUUGCAAAGCAUCAGAGCCACAGGUUUGGAUCUGACUGAAACAAUCAAAAACGUUAGGCCUCCAUUGGAACAAUGUUUGGCGGAAGCGAGUAAGGUGGACGUGAUAGAGUACGUUAAAGGCCAAAUGGUCGAAGGCCAGCAGUUAGGAAUCACUUCGAAAUUUUCAGCACCAGGUAAAUAUAGACGAAACAUGAAGCAGCUAAAAAAAGCUGUCAAAAUCCUGACCGAUGUAGAAGACGAAGUGAAUGAGAUUCUUGAGUUAGUAGACUCGCAUUUGGCUAAUCGAGCCCCGUCUCCCGCUGCACCGGUUGUGAUGGACGACGAGUCUGCUAUUGUCCCCACUUCCAAAGACGAUCGCAUGGAGGAGUUAGAUGAUGAUAUAUUUACAAAACUAGAUAACGAAACUAACCCUUCGACGGACGGUAAUUUGGAAAACGCUGACAAAGCAACACAACCCACUUCCACAACUCUGCUUGCUCCUGCAACCGAAUCUGUAACUAUCCUAGAAAAGGCCAAAGAUGCAAGAGACCCUCAACAAAAACCAGAUUCUCCAUCAUCUAUACACAAAAGUUACAUAAUCGAGAAAAUUCCUGAACAUACACCUGAAAAUAAGAACAGUGCCCCUAAGGUAGUCAGUCCACUUGCUAAAUCUGUUUUAGAUCCACGGGCAAAAUCUCCGGUUACGCAAGUUGUUGUGGAGGAGGAAGACCAUAACACAUUGGAUUAUGGGAAAUACGUAUUUAUCGAUCCCUCCACCGGAGACAUUCAAGUCAUGAGAAACCGCUCGAGAAGUCUUGAUAGUUUAGUGAGCAUGACCUCAAACCGGUCAAGCAUAUCCCGAUUUGGAAGUUUUGAGUUUGUCACCGACUAUGAAAUAAAUAUCGCGGAGAAAAACCAAUCUCAAAUGGUCUAAUAAAUUCCCAGUGUAUCUAGUGGAAACGGUCAUGACGCGUUGUGUAUUUAUGUUCAUAAAGUUGGUGUGUGUUUUCUUUGAAUCGUCUGCGUGUUGUUGUCGCUCGCUGCGAAAGUGCCAAGGGAAAAUAUGUAUCAACAUUUUAAAAAUAAUUUUUUUCUAGCGGGAUUUAUUGUACACAUAGCGUUUUAAAAGCGUUUACUUCCUGGGAAUAAUUGCACACGUGUUUGCAGGGGUUUAAAAGAAAGAAAGACAAAUUUUUGGUGUUUGUUGUGAAGCACGACAGGGAUACGGUUAUCAACAGGAACAUUGCAGAUACGUGUGUUGAGUAUUCCUGUACUUUAUUAUUUUAUUAAAUUUUUAAAUUUUUAUAACUUUUAUUAGUAAAAUAAUUUUGGAUGGGUUUUAUUUUCGAAGACUGCCAUAUUGAAUUUAUCGUCUUUUUCAGACUCGUUUUAACAGAUAUCGCCUUUUUUUUUUUUUUGAACUUGUUUGUUUUUCUUUAAAUUGUUGCACCCCUAUUGUAAACAAAAGAUAUUUUUUGAGGUCUAAUGUUUUACUUUCCGUUCUUUACAAUAUAUUCCGAGCGAUACGACACUUCUGUGUUUGUGCAACACAAAAUUUAAAUAAUUUGGUUGUUUUCCAUAAAGCUCUUUUCCACAACGCUCUUACUACGUUUUUCAUGAUUUUUCUUUCUCUUUGGUGGGUAUAACAUUCAUUACUUUUUUACGACAUGCUUUACUUUUCAAUUUUGAUAUUUAUAUCUUAUUAUCUGUUAUAUACUUUUUUCUUUUUAAGUAAAGAUAAUAACACCCAACAAAUUCUGUUGGAUAUAUUGUAAAAUAAUAUUUUAUUUUUGUCUUAACAUUCUAUUUA